UUGCUCAACUAAACACGGAUUAGCGCUAAGCAAAAUCCAUUAAUAAUAUUCUUAAAAAAAAAAUCCAUUAAUAAUUAAUAACAUCAUAAACCCCUUAAAAUCCUCCAGCCUCCAAAAUCCCGGGGUUUAUCAACCAUGCGACUCUCGACCAUAACUAAAUUCCGCCGCGCUCGGCCGCCGGCGGCGGCGCUCCGCCGCUUCUUGUGCUACUACUCUUCCUCUUACUCUUCGCAUUCGCUGAUUAAUAGCUCAGACCACCACCACCGUGACGGUCGGCGUAAUUACAGUCCUCGACGAUCGUCGGUGCUAUACUGGCACUCAUCUCUCGAUUGCAGUUCCUCUCCUCGACGAUUCUCAGCUCAGUCCGGCGCCUUUGAACCGGGCGAGCGGUUUCUUCCGGUUCAAACGCUCAUCUACUUACUCGAUUCUUAUCACGAUGUUACUGGCUUGCCCUGGUGGGUAGUGAUCUCAACAUCUACCUUGGCAAUGAGACUUGCAUUGUUUCCUAUAAGUGUGGUGCAACUUAAAAAAAUGAGGAGGUUAGGAAUGCUGCUACCUAGAUUACCUCGACCAUUUCCACCGCCUCAGUCAAGACGAAGUUACAGGGACCAAUUCGCCCUUUUCUUGAAGGAGAAGAAGGCAGCUAGGUGUCCUUCAUUGUUUUGGUUCAUCUCAUCAUUUACUUUCCAGUUGCCUUGCUUUUUCUUGUGGAUUGCUACUAUCAGGAGAAUGUGCUCGGAUCAUCACCCUGGUUUUGAUAGUGGAGGUAUUUUAUGGUUCCAGAACUUGACUGUAUAUCCACACGGUGUGUUGGGACUUAUUCUCCCAUUCUGCAUUGCAGGCUUGCAUUUCACUAAUGUUCAGUUGUCCUUUGCGAGGUCACCACUUCAGCAUUUACCAGAUUCCUUAGGAUCCUUAGCAAAGGGAUACAAGAGUUAUUUGUUGAUUUUGAUUCUGCCUAUAUUGCUUACUACAUUUAAUGUUCCCCAGGGCUGCUUAGUUUAUUGGCUUUCAAAUAGUACAUUGACCUUGAUACAGCAAUCAUGCCUUCGCAAUCCCACUUUACUCAAUUAUUUGGGGGCUCCUAAAGUGAGUGCUCCAGUAGAAGCACUGACUGUUAAAAAAAAUGACAGUGCCGGAGUAGCAGAUAUCGUUUUAAUGACUAAGGAAGGAGAAGUACAUGCCCAAACCUUAUCACCUGUCGAACUGGUCAAUUACUCAAUCAAAGUUUUAUCUGCUGGCCGCAAAGAUACUGCAAUCAUGUGUCUAAGAAUUGCCCUUGGAAAGGACCCUGGGUUUGUCAGAGCCAUGCUUAUUAUGGGGCAGACACUGAUACAGAACAAACAACUCGGUGAGGCUACUGAGUGCUUAGAAACUGCAGUUUCAAAGCUCCUUGUUGAUGGCUAUCCUACAGAAGCUGAAGAUGUCGAUCUAUUGAUUCUUUCGUCUCAAUGGGCGGGUAUUGCUAAUGUGCAGCAGGGGAAGAUGGAAAAGGGUCUUGUGCACCUAGAAAGAAUAGCUCAACUCAAAGAACCCGAGGAUUCAAAGAGCAAGGCCCACUACUACGACGGUUUACUCGUUCUUUCAAGUGCUCUAGCGAAUGUAGACCGCGAAGACGAGGCGCUGAAGUACUUGCAGAUGGCUGCUGCAUAUGACCCUUCUUACAGUGUGUACAUUGAGCAUUUGAAAAAUGAUUCGAAGAAGCUUAGCAGCGAUCCAUCUAACAGCGGCAAGUAGUAUACAUAUAUAUACUAUUUUCACUACUUGUUUUCUCUUUUGUAUUUUGUUGCUCAAUCUUAAUUUUUCAUGACAUUUUUUUAAACGAGUAGCGAUUAGAAUAGAUUGUAUUCUCUCCUAUUAUGUUGUUUUGGGACUUCAUUGUCUUCUGAAAUGGCAGUAUUCACUAUAA